ACAGUCAGUAUGGUGUACUUUGCUACCAGCUUCAGGACAAUGGCAGUGCAUGGGGGUGUGUUAGUGCUGCUUCUUUUAUUAGGUUGCAGCUGUGAAGCUCAACAGAAGAUGGGGUUUCCGGCGAAGACUACCCAGCUACUAGCUGGCUAUCUGGCUAAGCAAGGGGCUUCGCAGUCAGCGGGCUUCCAGAGUGGACUAGGGGCUCCGCAGGCGGUGGGCUUCCAGAGCGGGCUAGGGGCUCCGCAGUCGGCGGGCUUCCAGAGCGGACUAGGGGCUCCGCAGUCGGCGGGCUUCCAGAGCAGGCUCAUUCUGACUAAGCAAGUUGCUCCUUCUCUGGUUAAAUCUGUGACUGGAAUGCAAGUGAGCCCUGAUGGUGUGAGUGUUGUAUGUGGGGAGGAUUCUGUUGUGGUGCUUGUGCAGCCAAUCCUCCUUGGUAAUGGUCAGCCAAUCAAUGCAUCAGACAUCACCUUUGGUGGCUGUGCACCCAUUGGGCAGGAUGCUUCUGGCACAGUGAGGUUUCAAUCUGCACUGCAGGCCUGUGGAAGUACAGUGAUGAUGACUGCUGAUGCCCUGGUCUACAGCUUUGCAUUGGUCUACACACCCAGGGGUAUUAAUGGCCUCCCCAUCGUGAGGACCAAUGGUGCUAUGGUUGGCAGUGAGUGUCACUAUUUGAGGUGA